AGUGAUAUCAGAGAAAAAAAAUUAAUUAAUAAAUAAACACCAGAGACAAUAAAUUCAACAAUUCAACAGAUCAGUUCAUCAUAAUAACAUUAGCCUAAUUACAUAAUGUGAAACAACUAUUUUUUAAUUGAUAUUUAAACUUGCAAUUUACACGAUUACAAACCACAGAGAGAUAAAUGGCACAAGUAUUUAGUCUACAUAAAUUAAAUAGGCUACAAAAAUAUACACAUUAACACAGAUGUCAGAAAUACGGAGGUCUGGGGACCUUUUCAUGUUCAUAAUCUAACAGAUACAGAAGUAUUCCAAGAGAGUAUACCAAGGUGUCAGAGUCAAGCAUACGGUCAAAGAUCUUCUUGCAGAGAAGCGAUUACGACAGACAAAUGCACCCCGAUUCAGUACGAGCAGCAGUUCCUCUCAGCCAGCUUUUGUGCCAAUGCCUGGGUCGCAUAUGCUUCCUGGUUACUACAGUAUGAGAAGAUCCUUCCUCCCAGACUCAGAGCUCUGCCAUCCCAUGAAGCAGUACUCCCCAGACACUUACUCUUCGGCGCUGGGAAGCAAGGCCUUCUCGUACGACCAUCCCUCCACUUAUCCUUCCUUCAUCGACAGCUACUACACUCCUGAUUCAUAUGGAGAUUACAGAGGGCCAACAUCUUAUACCACCAGCGGAGGGUCACUGUUUCCACCAUCUGCACUACCAACACUACUACCAAGUCUGUCUGGAGAUACAUCUUCACACUUGCACUUGAGAGACCCUUGGGAUCAGCCAUCGGAGGAACCAGUCGGUCAGUCAGAAGUUAUAUGUCCUGAGGGUUCAGCCCCUGUGGAAGACUCGCCGUCCCUGGGAGGGCCUGACUCUGGCAGUACUUCUCCAUACCGUCUAUCCUCGGGGCGCAGCGGGAGCUCAAUCCCAUCCAGCUCUCAGGCUUAUACUCUACAACCCCUGGAAGAUGUCCCAUACCCGGCAGCAUCAUACACCUCUGCUUCCAGCUACUCCUGCCCGCCGUACAUGACAACACCUGGAGACCUGGCUGUGGUGAAGAUGACACCCGUCACCUCAGAGGAGGCUAGUGGUGGAGUGGUGUCUCUCAGUGACACUACACCCUGGGCUAAAGAUGAUGGAACUGGCCCCUGGUUGUCAUAUGAGACUAGGAGGGCUUUUUAAGAGGCUUAAAUGACAAUACAAAGACUGUGGACUAAUCUUUUGCAAUGACACAGCAUCUUUAUUCUUAUAGAGAAGGAGAUUAUAUAGGUUCAUCAUAAAAAUGACCUCAAGAAAUGCUGGUCACAAUAUACCAUUUUAAACUGUUUGUACUGUUUAAGAAAACAGCAAAGUAUGUGCUGAUAGUUUAGUUAAUUCGAGGUUUAAUUAUGCAUUUUACAUGCCCAGUCGCUCUAGAGUGAAUUAGAAGGCAAUGCUAACUUUUUUCCUUUCUUAUAUUUCCACUUGUAACAUAAGCCCUCAAUGAUUGGUCACCAAUAUAUAACUAGCAAAUUAAAAAAAACAACAACAAGUAUGUUAGACUUUUGUCACGAAUGCCAAUAUAAAAAAAAUAAAGCAUGUUUUGGCUUGAAGAAGUGUGUUAUCUUUAUAAAACAGAACGGAAUAGGCGUUGUAGUGAACAAACUUCUGUGUGAACAAGUGCUGUUGUUAGGACGCCAAUGAGUUGUUAAGUUAAGGCCCCCUUAGUGACAUGAGUGAAUGAGGACAUAAACGCAUCGCCUGUUCAAAUUGAUCUUAUUCGGGCAACUUAUCUCUUAUAAG